AUGAUUGAUCCCUACGUUCAAGAUGGCAAAAGUAUGCGACCACAUUGGAUCCCGGCUGAAUAUACGCUUUUCGUAAAUGCAUAUAACGUGUCAAAGGACUCAUCUGGGAAACUCCUGACCAACGUGGAACCUAGUUUCGUUCAGGAAGUAGUAGUGCACGAGAAUUACAGUGAAACUAGUCUCGUCCAUGACAUAGCCCUGCUGCGCCUCAACGAAAGCGUUCCUUUUGGGAGUAAGAGCUUGCCACAACCAAUCUGUGUACCGAUGGACCCUGUUAACGACGAGGUUGCGUCCGUCGGACACGCGCUCCGAUGUUUCGGCUGGGGAUACAACGCAGAAGGAGUAUUGAGCACCACAAAGCUCUGGGUAACUUUGCAACGUAUUUCCCUCGAAGACUGCCUGGAGCGUUUCAGCAAUAUGCCCUCGAGACAACCCGAUAUAGCUGAUGUUUCGGAGCGCAAUAUCUGUACCGUUACUAUUUCGGGGCACGAUGCCUACGCGGGUUAUUCCGGCGGUCCUCUGAUGUACCAUAAGGGCGGGAGGUGGUUCUUGAUCGGUGUCAUCAGCUAUGGCGUUGGAGCGAUCAGCAAUAAGUUUCCGGUCGUUUCCACCAAUGUGCAGCAAUACACGGAUUGGAUUUUGAGUAGCGACCGGUGCGUGGGGUCGGUGAUCACUGAUCGUCACGUGCUGACGGCAGCGCACUGUCUGGACAAUAAGCUAAAGGAUGAGGUCACCAUGUACUUUGGGAUAUAUGAUUUGCAAAAGAAGGACAAAUGCCUACAGGAGGAUACGUGUCUGCUGCGGAAACCAAGCGAGUUUAUCAUCCACGAUGAGUAUAUCAGCAAUGAAAAGAAUAAUGACAUUGCUAUCAUUCGGUUUGAUCAACCGUUGAACACGACUGCCCGCGCAAUAGAACCAAUCUGUCUGCCUCAUAACAUUGCAUACGACGAACAGACAUUAAAUACGACGAGAACAGACGAUGGAACUGGUGUUAGUCUACUUUCAUUCGGUUGGGGUGACAUUGGUGGCGAUGUACUAUCCCACACUAGAAGAGCAGUCAGGCUGAAUGUCAUUGCUGGGAGUGAAUGUGAAAACUCUGUGAACUCAAAAACUAUGUGUACGCUUGGUGUGACAGCAGGGCAUGAUGUGUGCAAUGGUGACUCCGGUGCUCCUCUUGUGUGGCUAUAUGAUAAGAAGAUGUACGUGGUCGGUGUGGUCACUUCGGGCCCCAAAUGUGGAAUUCACUACAAUAGAACGAGUACAGCGAUGAGCAUAUCGCACUACAUGGAUUGGGUCCUUGCGAAAAUUGGGACCGAUUAA